AAACGCUAAAUGUUUGAACAAUGUGCAGCAUCCCAGUGAGACAAGGGAUGGAGUCCCAGCUUUAGCUGGCUAGCAGACUGCGCCAGAGAUGCUCUGCAGUCUGCGGUUGGCCGAUAGACGAGCUGCUCUUUGAGGACAGAUAUUCACGGACACAGAUCACUUGUAGGGGGACUCGCUGGACAAACAAUAUUGUGAUGGAAGCCAGCUGCGUGUGUCUGUUGUAGCUAUGACGUUAUGCAGCAGCUUCCAAGUACCGAAGCGGCUGCUGAGCGGUGCUAGCUCACUUGGAUUGUGUCAUGCAGUUAGCAGACUAACAGAGUUAGAUAUGCUACAUAAAGAGUGAAAACCAGAAGGAUGUGAACACAGCUCUUACUGGUUUAGCUUCAAAUAGACAGUCUGUCCCCAGAAUCUUUUUCCCCAGGAUAGAGAUGGAGGCUGCAGCUGGGAUUUUAUGCUACAUCGGAGCCUAUGUGUUCAUCACAUAUGACGACUAUGACCAUUUCUUUGAAGACGUGUACACUUUGAUUCCGGCUGUCAUUAUAAUAGCAGUCGGCACUCUUCUCUUCAUCAUUGGCUUAAUCGGCUGCUGCGCAACAAUACGUGAAAGCUCCUGUGGUCUUGCAACUUUUGCUGCCAUUCUCCUGCUGGUAUUUGUAACAGAGUGUGUGGUGGUGGUGCUUGGCUACAUAUACAGGGCAAAGGUAGAAGAUGAAGUGAAUCACUCCAUCCAGAAGGUUUACAACGAAUACAACGGCACCAACACUGAUGCUCCCAGUCGUGCUAUUGACUAUGUGCAGAGGCAGCUUCACUGCUGUGGCAUUCACAACUACUCUGACUGGAGGAACACACGCUGGUUUAAAGAGUCCAAGAACAACAGCGUCCCAGUCAGCUGCUGUCAGCCCAGCAUCAGUAACUGCACCGGCACUCUCACUCGACCAGCAGAUCUCUACCAAGAGGGUUGUGAAGCUCUUGUUGUGAAGAAGCUGAAGGAGAUCAUGAUGUAUGUCAUAUGGGCUGCUCUCACUUUUGCAUCUAUACAGAUGCUGGGUAUGCUCUGUGCCUGUGUGGUGCUGUGCAGGAGGAGUCAUGACCCAGCGUAUGAGCUGCUGGUCACAACCAACAGCUAUGCAUGAAUGACGCAGCCAGCCAAACAAAGCAGUCAGAAAAUCAAAAGGAGUCACUGGACAUGUCCACAGUAGAUUUCAGCUGUAGUUAUAUAAGCUCAAGCACACCUUGCACAAUUCAUAAUAAAGUAGCGAACACUGAUGAUGUGGUGUGUGUGGGUGGGUGGGUGGAAGGGUCUUCAAGGGGAAACCAGUUAUUUAUUGACAUGCUUUGUAAGUUACUGUUACUUUAAAUGGUCACUUUUUUUUCUUACAAAUACUGAAACAUUUACAGAGGCCAGAGUUGUAUAUGGCCAAUUGACAUUAUUGAUGUUGAUGCAGAUUUUUUUUGUCUUUUAACUGUGGCUUCUUAAAAUUUCGCCUCAACCCCAGUGAGAAUAAUGAGAAGUAGUUUGGAGCGUAUGUGUGAUGUUACAGUUGGGAGUUUUGUAUGGAAUGUAUUUCCUUGUGUGCUAGUAUGCACUUUGACUGGAGCUGUGGACAUAUUUCAUGGUUGUUAAAAUGGAAAAUCUAUGCUAAAAAGAACAUGUACACUAUUCCUAAGAACUUGGUUUGACCAGAUUUUGUGAAAAUGAAAAAAACCUUUUACCACAGACAGAAGAUUUCGAAGAAUCCUGUUUUUAAUCUCAGUGUUUUGUGUCUGAAAGCCACGUUUGAUAGAAAGAGUUCUUCAUAUUCACAAAUUUCAGGUUGUGAAUAAUGUACAUUCUGUUUUGGUGCGGAUGUUCUCUCAGUCGGGCUUCAGUAGUGAGGCAUUGCCAAUAUAUUAAUUGUGAAUGAACCUUUUAGUCUUUCCAGUGCUAUUAUGAAGAGUAUUAUCAGUGUUACCUGAAGACCUGUGUUUGUGUAGAUUCAGUUUGUUACAGCCAGAGAAUUCCUUCUCUUAAUACACCUGCUAUAAAGAAUAAUUAUUUUCUACAUUUUUUGUGAAAUUGUGCACUGUCUUAAUAUUUUUGAGCUGUUGAGUUGACCCCUAGAUAUUUAGCUUGUGCCACAGGAAACAUAUAUGACAUUGUGUAUAUACUGUCUGGAACAGACAGGAGACAAAUAAACUCAUUUCAACCUG